GUUUCCUAAUUUUAAUUUUCCUCAAGAGUCUUAAAUCAUGGGUUUCUUACAUUUGAUUCAAGCUUUAUUUUCGCACCAGGUGUGAAGGUCUAGGUUUAGGAGGUCCAAGGGCCGCUUCUCGCCCUCGGGCCGUUCUUUGCGCACGUGUUAUCUGUGCCGUGCGUAAAGGCGCCUCCCGACUGGAAUCCCAAGUCCCUCCCUGACAGAAGCUGCUGCAGCUCAGACACUGUCCUCUGCGCAACGGUGGGACAAGUUCCCUCUUCUCCAAACACUUGGAACUGAAACUCUACAGUACUGUGGAAGAAUCUUUUUUUUUUUUUUUUUCCCCUGUCGGGGACUGGAUCUCGGUUCGGGACUGAGCGCGUUACGCAUGAGCUGAGCCUCCAGCUACUCACCAUGAAGGUGACAUUUGGAGCUCUGGUGAUCACAGCGGGGAUCUGCGGUCUGCUGAGCUUCGCCUUGUUGGCCACCUCCAUCGGAACCGAUUAUUGGUUCAUCAUAGAGACUAAGAACAUGAGCGACUUUGAGGACAUGAGCUCCCACUCGGGUCUGUGGAGCAUCAACGAAGGCGGGAAGACGCACACAGACUCCAUCGCCACUUUUACUGCCGAUUCCUCCAGAUACUCUGAAUUUGAGCUGCGCAUGCUCAAUAUGCACGGAGCCAUAGUGGUGCUGCUCCCCCUCAGCCUGGUUCUGCUGCUCUUUGGUGGGAUCUGUGGGCUGGUCAGCUCCCUGGCCAGAAGCCCCRUCUUUCUCACCGCCACAGCCUCUUACUUCUUCAUGUGCAGUCUUCUGACUCUUUGUGGUGCGAGCCUCUACAUCAUCUACUCCCACCAGGCUCUGGAUGAGACCGAGAGGCUAGUAGGGCAGGAAGCUCUGGCCUACAUCCACACCUCCUUCGGCUGGUCUCUGGGUCUGGCCUGGCUCUCCUACGGCCUGGAGGUCAUCACCGGAGCGCUGCUGCUCACAGCCGCACGGAUGGCCAAGCUGCAGCAAAGAGGUCCAAAUACGACCUGAACCCACAGUGGACUUCAACUCAAAGAAAAAAAAAAGUUGURGUGAAGGUAGAGCGAACUCAGGAGGAGCAGCUGUCAGGUAGUUAUUGUUAAAUAAAAUGUAAACUCACUUCAGCUGGGUUUACUGAACACAUUCAGCAGAUGUGCUUUUAUUAAAAAGGUUAAAUGUCCUCAGUUUUGCUCAGACGAAGUGAGAAGUUGGACUUUUAUUUGAUCAACUGCACCCUCUAGUGGUGUGUUUAUUUUGUUUUUGCAGAUCUAGUAACACUGAUUGCCACACUGCUGCAGUUUUAUUUUCACAAAACAACAAUUUAUCACUUUACUUCAACACAUAUCUUUAAUUUGACCAUAUUUUCUGUGAAACAUUUAUGUUUUUAUUAGGCUGAUUGAUUUGAUGCUGCAGUUUUCAURAAUAACAGAGUUGUGUGCAGGUUUUUAAUGUGUCUCACAGUAAGUAACACUUAUUUGUGGUGUGAUUUCUUUAUUCAUGACAAAAAGUAUGGGGGAAAAUAUUGUCCUGCUCUCAAAUUGAAAAUAUACKCUCUUGGAUUAAGUCAGGAUAAUUCUCCCAUAAAAAUUCUGUUUGAGCUCUUGGAUCUAAACACAUUUUUCCUUUUUAUGUAUUUCUCAUGUUUGUGUAUGUACAAUGUUUUUGGUUUUUCCUUAUUUCUAUCCCAACAUUUCUUUACGUCGGGGUAAAAAGCCUUCACAGCUAUAUUUACAACUAAAGAAGCAGCAGGUGAGUUUUGAUGCUUGGCAUUUAUUGUCGUGGGCAAAGUGGAUGUUAUAUGCACCUAAAUCCCUGUUGCAAGUUCUGACUAAAAGUUUAGAAAAUAUACUAAUUACUCACCUCAAAAUAUUGUUCUUAAAUACAGAAAAUUGAUAUUCUGUGCUCGCCUGAGAGAAAGAGAUGGAAAUGUGGAAAUCUGCUGCAGACUGCACCAAAAGUCAAGGCUGAAAGAAUAUCUGCAGUUUUGGGCCUCAAUCAAAAGAAAAGCAAAUGUUUGUCCCUCUGGCUCAGAUACUGUAUAGUUAUAAAAAAAAA